AUGGACGACUACGCCAGCAUUCAGGCGCUGCACAAGGCCGUCCCGGCGUUCGCGCCCGCGGUCCCCGUCGCUCUCCUUCCCUAUCUCGCAUUCGUGCUCCUCAGUGCCACCUUCAGCCUCGCAUUCUACUUUUCGACCCUGCCCAAAGCGAGCAUCCCGGCCCGGGAGCUGGCUGUCGCGUCCACGGCGAGCGUGUUGGGCGGUUUCGGCGUCGUGGCCCUCUUCUGCUCUGUUGGCGUGUACGUGUAG